CAGAUCCUAAAUCACCAAUAUAUCCUUAAAAUAAUCAAAAUCAAAAUCAAGUAAAAAACAUAUAGACGAACAUCAAUUACUACAUUUGUAUUGACAAAAAUCUCACCUUUUUUCGCCCAUAUUCUCUGAUUUAAAGAAAGAUCUGAUCUGGGAAGAUAGGGCAAUAGUGACUUAAAAUUACAUGAUAUAAUAACUAUAUUUAUAUAUAUAUAUUGAUAUAGAUAUAGAUACAUACAUUCAUAGAGAUAGAUAGAAAGGUAGUUAGAUGGGGAUAGUGUUUACGAAGUUGUUUUCGUCGCUUUUCGGUAACAAAGAAGCUCGGAUUCUUGUUCUUGGUCUUGACAAUGCUGGCAAAACAACUAUUCUUUAUCGGCUGCAGAUGGGUGAAGUGGUCUCUACUAUACCAACGAUUGGAUUUAAUGUGGAGACGGUGCAAUAUAACAAUAUAAAGUUUCAAGUCUGGGAUCUUGGUGGGCAAACUAGCAUCAGGCCAUACUGGAGAUGCUAUUUUCCAAAUACGCAAGCCAUAAUAUAUGUGGUCGAUUCCAGUGACACAGAAAGACUAGUAAUUGCAAAAGAGGAGUUUCAUGCAAUUUUAGAGGAGGAAGAAUUAAAAGGCGCCGUUGUUCUCAUAUUCGCCAACAAGCAGGAUCUUCCUGGUGCCCUUGAUGAUGCUGCUGUGACAGAGUCACUGGAGUUGCACAAAAUAAAAAACCGUCAAUGGUCAAUAUUUAAAACUUCUGCAAUCAAAGGAGAAGGUCUCUUUGAGGGCUUAGACUGGUUGAGCAACACACUCAAGUCUGGCGGUGGCUAAACCUUAUUUAUUGUGUGCUCCCCACGCACAACUUUGUGACUGUCUAGUAUCGUUGAUAUGGUCUUUUACCUAUUGAGCUUUUAACGUCUUUCAGAGGCCAAAUGCUGAUGAUGUGUUACCGGAACAUCUAAAUUGUAGCCUCAUACCCUCAUUUUUCCUGUUUGAUACAUUCUUCGUCUUCGUAGUUAACUUUUUAUAUUAAUAUUACAUUUCUUUUUGUACUUUUUGAAGAAUUCCCUCCAUGAAAAUGAACAUUAUGUA